AUGGCACCUGCGAACCAGCAGUAUACGUUGGUAGGUUUCAGGGAUGAUUUAGACUGGAAUACUUUGCACUUUGUGAAGCACCUUCCUCGAAAUAGGCUGUGUAGCGUAUGCGGGCUCGUACGCAAGACAACCGCGAAUCUGCCAUGCGGCCACGUAGCGUGCCAUUUCUGUUAUGAACAGUGCAGAACAGCGGACGGAUACGCUUGUCCGAUCGACGGUGAAAUCUGCUCGGAAGAGGAUGUUGGCUGGAUAGAUUUCCCUGCUGAAAAUCUGCUGAAAAGAGAGGUUAAAUGCUGGAACCAAGGACACGGUUGCCCACCUAUAAUGGCUGCCUCAGAAGUCCGCAAGCACUUCCACCGAGAGUGUGAAUACCACUGCACAUUCUGUCCAAGAUGCUCGACAAUGGUGUUAUGCCGGGAUAUGUGCGAACACAUGAGAGCUUCAUGCAACGCCCAUGCAGCACCUCAAGCAGUGGAAUGCGAGGAACAGUUAAGCAACACUGUGGAGAAAGGAAUCUCGGCCAUUGUCAGGAAAGUAGUGCAAGAGGAGGCCGGUGAAAUGAAGGCUCUUCUAGAGCGAGCACUUAAAGACAAUGGUGCGCUUAAUGACAACCUAAUUGAGGUCUCCCAAAAUAUGAACUCCCUAAAGGAAUCAGUGAGCCAAGGCAUUGCGCCGGUGGGACAAAUUAGUGAAAUGACACACCGCGUGUUGGACGGCAUCAACACACUUCAUGGAGUGGUUAACAGUGAAACGGCUGACAUAAAAAAGCAAAACGCCGAAGAGCUCCCUCGAGUUCGAGCUGCAGUCGAAAGCGUGAAAGUAGAUGCAGGAGCAAGCAUCAAGACGAUUCUGGAGAUGCAGAAGAAAACACUAGCAUACGCCGAAAAAAAUCAAACGCGUUGCGACUUUUUCGUUCCAGGAAUGCGUUCGCUUGAAGCGAAGGCAUUGAACGACGGCGAUGCCAAUUAUUACUAUGAGCAGGUCUACCUUCGCGGUUACAACGUAUCACUUGGUGUUCAACUAACGAAGAAGAAGGAAGGUGCGUUUAUUAAUGCGCUGCAUCGGCUGCACAAGGGUGAGCACGACGACGUGAUUCAGUGGCCUUUCGAGCAUAAAUUCAGGUUAACCAUUAUACACCCUCUUGAAAACGAACAAAAAGAACAUAUUCGUAAGACGUAGCGUCUUCUUGAAAACUACAAAAAGCCAACGAAUUC